AUGUCUUCGCAGCAGAACGACGACCAGGUGGUCACCGCCUACCCGAACUACUACCCCAAGGGUCAAAAACAAGAGCUCCCCGGCGAGGACCAGUCGAUGGAGCCGCUCGCCGAGCACAUCAAGGUCGAAAAGUGGGACAACAACGGCAAGCCUUACCUCGAAGAAUACAGGGGCAGCGGCAAGCUCGAGGGCAAGUCGGCCAUCAUCACGGGCGGCGAUAGCGGCAUCGGUCGUAGCGCUGCGCUGUUCUUCGCACGUGAGGGCGCCAAUGUGACAAUCGCCUACCUGCCCGAGGAGGAGAAGGAUGCCGAUGCGGUGGAAAAGUUGGUCAAGCAAGCGCCCAUGGGUACAAAGGAGAUCUUGCGCGUACCGGGCAACCUCGAAAAGGAGGAGGAUUGCAAGCUGGUCGUGCAGAAGCAUCUCGAAAAGUGGGGCACCAUCGACAUCGUUGUCAACAACGCUGCAAAGCAGGUGCCCGACAAGAACUUUGAGGACACCGACCUCAGCGUCGCUGAAAGCACUUUCCGCAGCAACGUGCUCGGCGCCUUUGCCAUCACCAAGUUUGCCCUGCCGCACAUGAAACGCGGAUCGACCAUUAUCCAGUCGUCCUCGGUGACAGCAUACAAAGGAUCGGCUCAGAUGGUGCCGUACGCAUCCACAAAGGGGGCUCUCGUCGCCUUCACUCGAAGCUUGGCCUUGCAGCUCGCACCCAAAGGCAUUCGCGUCAACGCGGUGGCUCCUGGACCCAUCUACACGCCACUCCAGCCGGCAAGCCGCAGCAAGGACAACAUGGAGGGUUGGGGUAUCGGCGGUGCGCCCCUUCACGGUCGUCCCGGUCAGCCCGCCGAGAUGGGAGCUACGUACGUCUACCUCGCCGACCCUGGCUCUUCCAACCUGAUGACCGGCCAGGUCAUGCACCUCUCCCACGGCAGCUGGUUUGGUUCUUGA